CAUAGACCUAAAGAUGUCUUGGACAUAUGCAACCCUCCUGGGUCUCCUCGCUGUGCUCUACGCACUUUCAUCGUCUCCAGAGGCAAACUCUGCAUCUGUACCCAGCAGCAAAAGCAGCACUAAAGAUCCACAAGGUUCACUCAAGAGAAUUAUAAUGAAGGAGGCCGACGCCUCAAACUUCUUCAGGAGACGCAGCAGACGGGGUGUGAAGUCUCAGGAUGAGAUUAACAUUGAGCAGAGGCAGGUUUUGGCCGCAGAUGAACGAAGGAGAGAGUUUCACGAGGAGAAGAGGAAUGAGUUUGAGAGCUUGGCUGAAGAGGAGGGUGAUGAACAAGAUGAGAGGACCAGAGAGAACACUGAGCAGUGGAGAGAGUUCCACUAUGAUGGGAUGUAUCCUCCACAUGAGUACAACCGUCACUCCGUCUGAGGGGCAGCAGGAGCAGAGAGUGAUGCUGUUGGCUGACAGAAUGCCAAGCUUUAAAAGAAACAUCUUCAGCCUCACACCAAAUAAGAAAGACUUGCUUUAGGUAUUAUAAGUGAUGCAAAGGCCAAUUUGUUUUAUUUUUGUUUACGCUUGCCAUUAAUAACAGUAAUUAUUGAUCAUCUACUAUUUAUUUCCACAACCAAUUAUUUGGUCUGUAAAAAAGUUGUGUUUUAAAUCAGAGUCCACAAGUUAUACAGUAGAUAUAAAACUAUUAUAUAAUUCUGGAAACCCACAGACUUAUUUGAUAUUAUGAAGGGGAACAGCUGCUUAAAAAGUAGUCAUCAUCAUAAUUAACAGACAGAGAGCAUAUACGCUACCAGUAAAAACUUUGGAUACAUGUUCCCAUUCUAUUCAAUGCAAAAGUUUUGACUAGUUUAAAAAUUUUUAGCUGAACAUCUGAACAGAAUGUGUGAUUGUCAUUAGCAAAAUAAAGCAAAUCUCAUACAAUUAGGGAAAGUCAAGUAUCAAGCUGAUAGUUACAUAGAUGUGCAAUGAUUUUAUGGCACAUCACCAGAAGCAGAACAAUUCCUAUAUAUAGUAUUUGCUCACUUGUAAUAACAAUUUAUAUACAACUCCAAAUCAGAAAAAGUUGGGACAGCAUGUAAAAUCAAAAUU